ACAAUGGCUGCGUAUACAAAUAUGACAACACAAUCAACGCGAUCCAUGUUAUUUCAUAUGGAAGAUCAAUACAACAAACGUAUUGAUGAUGAUAUCAAUAAAUUAGUAGAUUGUUUUGGUGACAUUAUCAAGAUUGGUGAGGUAAGAUCGUCCGAAUCAUUACUUGGAUUGAUCAAAGAAUUGAAACAGUUUUUAUUAUUGAAUGAUACCAAAACCUUGACAACCUUGACAGAACAACGCUCGACGGCUCUUACUACACAAACAGCUGAUAUCAAAAAGACAAUAAUCGAUUUACGGAAGGACGUGACAGCUGCUAUUUAUGAUAUGGAAUCUGUUUAUUAUCGAUCGUUGAUGGAUUAG